AUGCUGCCAGAUUUUCUCGCAAGUAGCUAUCAGCAAUACAAGAAUGACACUAACGCCAUAGCUUCCUGGUUGGCAACCACCGCCAAGGAUUGCGGAUAUUCCGGGCUUGCUGAGAUGGCACCGGAAGGCGGUGCUGGCUCUGGACGACCGAAAGGUAAAGCAAGAAAAAAGAAAAAGAAGCCAACCUCGGGACCAGCGGGUUCCUCUCCCUACACCAUAUCCAUCAAGGAUUUCACCGACUUGGCUGAGUAUAUCGUCGGUACUGAGCACCCAGCUGCUCGGACAGUCCCUCCCAACAUCAUCGAUGUGCUUAGUCGUACCAUCUGUAUCCGCAAGAGCUUCGCUGACCAGCUGUCUCCAAAUCUUUCGUCGAACUUCAGAGACACUGAAUCUGAAAAACGUCACUCCCAUUUCGUCGAUGUCCUCCAACGCGUUAAAAGUAUUCUGAGUCCUCACAUGUCCUCAUCAGAAGAGAGCACGUCUGCUUCUACCGAUAAGUUUACAAACGCGUUCUCUGGCUUACAUAUCGAGGAGCCAUCCGAAUCUUUCCUUCAGGCUCCUGACAUGCCACCAUCGCCGAAAACAGAACCCGAAUACAGUGCCGAGACACCACAGGAUACUGGUGAAGCUUACAUGGCGUUGUACUUACUUCUUCAGGACUACAGCAAGCUUCGCACCAUCAUAUCAAAAGCAUGGGCUGGUUAUAAGACUGGGAGAUACGACUUGGUUGCGGCAUCCAUCACUACAAAUACCGCACUUGACUUCGCCCAAAGACUUGAAGCAGAAGUAAAGGACCAAUUCGAGAAGCACGGAGGUAUUGAUCGAAUGCUCCAGGUCUUCUAUCUUGUUCAAUGCGAGCAACACGGACAGGACUCACAGUUCCGCGAGCGCCGAAAGGAUGACAUGAACUUCAAGAUGUACGACGCGGCUGAUACCAUUCUCUUUUCGACUUACCUAUUUUUGAAUGCCUUCCUUGACGUCAUCGGAUCAGGAUAUAUUCCUGUCUACAAGCCUGGUCAUUAUGGCAUAUACCAUCCGUCGAGCGACCGAAAUGAGAAGAGCUCUCGGCAGAAAUUUCAAGAAGAUAAGAUCAUCUUGAUGGAACUUCUUCCAGAAUUUGCACUUGUUUGUAUGAAUACCAACACCAUACCGGCUCAGGACGAGCUCACCAGAGGAUUGCGUGUUCUGUUCAAAACCCGAAAGAUGUCGUUUGCGGUCGUGUUCGCGGCACAGAUUUUCCUUGACAUACACUACAUGCUCAGAGACGACGUAGUGAGGGGUUUUAAAGACUUGCAGCAAACUGCACAACUGAUUCAAGGCUCGCUCAAUCAGAACUUCAAGUUUCAUGCUUCUCUUAGGAUCGAAAACUGGCCACCUUCAAACGACCAAGGUCUCCACGACAUACUUGCCCGAAUUAACGACUGGGUAACGACCGAUCCAUUCACGAAAGAGUCGCAAAGACUGCGCCGACCUAAUACUGAGCCUUUUAAGCUGAUGAAGAACCACCCCUUGUUCUGUGGUUUGUACUCCUUCAGCCUCAAAUCUCUUUUUCAAGAGGCCGGUGUGGUUUUCGCCAGUUCAUGGGGUUCCAUCAUAUACAGUGCACAUAUCUACAAUGCCGUGUGGCAGGAGAAGCUUAUCAAGAAGCAGUGGAAAGACAUGGAACUCGUGUACAUGCUACAAGGGCAAGACGAGAUGUUUGGCGGGACCCCAAAGAACACGGACGCGUACCUGAAGCGGUUCUGUCUAAGCAUGGGCUACUCAGCCACUGCCUUUGCACAAAACAGGCGCCCUACCAACCUGCAGCCAUCAAAGAAAGGUUCGCGCGGCCUGACGGAGCAAGCGUCCGUCGCGCAAAUGUUCAGAGAGCGUUACUGUCACGGCUCCGGUCGCACUGACUUCACACAGGAAGAACUCGCAAAGAUCAUCGCCAACACCAAAUGGGACAUGGACUACGAUGUCUCCGAUGACGGCGAAGUGCUCGGCCACGGUAGCGACCAGAUAUUCGGCCUCACACGCGACGCAAAACCCAAGUCCGCGGCAGAGAAGCGCGCUCUACAGAAGGCACUGCAAAAGCUCACUCCAACAGAGCUGCUAGAGGCGCUGUGCAAUACUCUGCAAGGCGAGAGGAUUGAGCUGGCAUUCGAUUACUUCCGGAUGCACCGGAUGUGCUGGAUGCUGCUACGGUGUAUCAAGGAUGCGUGUGCGGAGAAACUGCGCCGUUUGUAUGGCCCGGAGUAUAUUGAGAAUGAGACGCAGCUCCCGUUUGUAAUGGGAUACAUCUUCAUGGCGGCGGCGCGGGAUAAGAACAUUUGGGAGAAAUUUCUGAAGAGCGCGGAACCUGCUGUUGUUACGAGUGAGUUGCUGGAGCUGGCUGCA